UUUCACUUCAUUUGUAGCAAAGCUGCAGAUAUUCAGGUGUCCUGACUCAGUGUGAGACACAAGAAACAUGCUUAACUCGAAUAAAGAGUGGACCAUCUCUUUUUCUGGCUGUGGUUUUUUGAGCAUAUAUUAUUUGGGAGUGUAUGUCUGCCUGUUGGAGCGGGCACAGGACCUGAUUGAAAGGACAACAAAGAUUUGUGGGGCUUCAUCGGGAGCACUGAUAGGAGCAAUGAUAGCAUGCCAACUAUCACCAGCAAAGUGCUGUAAAAAUCUGAUGGAACUUUCCAAAGAGGCUCGGAAGGGCACACUAGGCUCCAUGCAUCCAUCCUUCAACUUACUGAAGUUAACUAGGAAGCUCCUGGUCCAGGAGCUGCCCAGUAACGCUCACCACAUGGCCAGUGGGAGACUGUGUGUGUCACUAACACGUGUUUCAGACGGACAGAAUGUGCUGGUGUCUGAGUUUGCAAGCAAAAAUGACCUCAUCCAGGCUCUAAUUUGCAGCUGCUUUUUCCCACUUUACUGUGGAGUAGUGCCACCAAGUUAUCAUGGUACUCGCUAUGUGGACGGAGCCCUGAGUAAUAACCUACCUUAUUUCAGUCUGAGGAACACCAUCACUGUCUCGAUAUUUUCUGGAGAAAGCGAUAUCUGUCCUUAUGAUUAUCCAUUUUACUUCCAUGAAGUACGACAUAGCAAUGUUAGCAUCCAGGUCAACUUUGCUAAUGUACAACGCGUCAUCCAGGCCUUCUUCCCUCCAGAAGCUGAGGUUAUGGCAGAGUUCUGUGAAAAUGGAUACAAAGAUGCUCUAACUUUUCUGAAAGAAAACGAUUUGCUAGAAAUAGACUCACCCAGGACUGAUCUAAUAACAACUCACAAGCAAGACAAAUCAUUCAGUCACUACAAUGUACACAACCAGUCAGUGGUGGACACAGACCAAGAUAGGCACACACAGUAUGGAUCAAAGAGGAGACAGAACUGUCAGCUGGAUAAUCAUGAGGCUGGCCUGCUUCCUGAGCCCAUAAAAAAAGUUAUCUCUGAGGCCAGAACAAAGAAACGAAGAUGGAUGGCUGAACUUUUUGUAGUGAAGUUGGUCACAUCCAUACUGAUGCUGUGUCUUCUGCCUGUUGAAACAGUCUACUUCACACUUCUGAAAUUUGCUUACUGGACGCCGGAGAUAGCGUCUGAUCUGCGGUGGCUAUGGGACCUGACCAUGCAGAUGACUGGACUGGUGUGGCGACAACUAUGCUCUAAAGAAGCAGUCUGCAGGCCUAGGUGCUUGGUUUUAUACACCUGUGGCCAUGGAAGUGAUUAGAACACCUGAAAUCAAUGAUUUGGAUGGGUGAGUGAAUACUUUUGGCAAUAUAGUGUACAUAUGGAAUCAGGCGCAUAAUAGAAUUUCGCCCCCGCCCCCAAAAAAAAAUCCAUGUCCCUUCAGGUUCUCCAUAGAUGACAACUGUGAAUAGCUUGACGUUUUAACAUGGCUGAUUUCAAUCAACAUUACUUUUUGUUGAAUUUCUCUUUCAGAGAAACACAUCUGAAGGUCACAACUGUACAUCCAUUAUAAUGAUUUAAGAAGAUCUUUUAUAAUAAAGUUUCAGCCUGAAUCACUUGUCAGAUAUGCUUCUGAAAUGCAAAUGUAUGAAAAAAAUUAACAAAAAAGCUAAUGAGCACUACGUUAACGCUUACAUGCAACAGAGAACUGAUUAACUGUGCUAAAGAUGGACAUAUCCUUCUUAAUAAGUUAAAUGAAAUGCAGUUUUAAUAAAGAGGAAAAACAAAGAAAAAAACAUUAAUAAUUUUCACAAGAGUAACAAAAUAGCACCAAUAGUGUUUCACAUAAACAGUAAAAGCACAGUACGUUGAGCAUUUGCAAUCUUAAAAUUCACACUGCAUCAGGUGUCUUAAUAUUGUUGGUUUACAGUACUUUGAGAAGGCUGAGUGGUUCUCUGACACUUGAUCAAUUCUUUGCCUCAAUACCAGCGAUACCAGUAAUUAAAGUCCUCUUCUAAAAAUGUACCCUUAUAUUAGUAUUGGUGGCACCAUUGUUUUGAUCAUUUCAUCUGUGCUACUUGCUCAAUCACACUUUAUCCCUGUAGGUGAAAAAGAGUGCUGUUAUUCAUAAUCCUGUGUUCCCAUAUCACAUAUACGCAGAGCAGAAUGUGUGCAAACAUUU